AUCUGGUCUGCUCAGCACACUGGUCGGCGAGAAGUCUGUGACUCAAAGAUGGGAGCGAGGAGAGAUCAGUAACUUCCAGUACCUGAUGCAUCUGAACACGCUGGCAGGACGCUCCUACAACGACCUGAUGCAGUAUCCUGUCUUCCCCUGGAUCCUGGCCGACUACGACGCCGAGGAGCUGGACCUGAGCAACCCCAAGACGUUCCGCAACCUCGCCAAGCCCAUGGGCGCCCAGACGGAAGACAGACUGACACAGUAUAAGAAGAGGUACAAGGACUGGGAAGACCCCAACGGUGAAACCCCGGCCUACCACUACGGCACGCACUACUCGUCAGCCAUGAUCGUGGCCUCCUACCUGGUCCGAAUGGAGCCUUUCACACAGAUUUUCCUCAGACUUCAGGGAGGCCAUUUUGACCUGGCUGACAGGAUGUUCCACAGCGUGCGUGAAGCCUGGCUCUCCGCCUCCAAACACAACAUGGCUGACGUAAAGGAGCUCAUCCCCGAGUUUUUCUAUCUGCCAGAAUUCAUGCUCAACGCCAACAACUUUGACCUGGGUGCCAAACAGAACGGCACCAAACUGGGCGACGUCAUUCUGCCACCUUGGGCGAAGGGUGACCCCCGAGAGUUCAUCAGAGUCCACAGAGAGGCGCUGGAGUGCGACUACGUAUCGGCCCACCUCCACGAAUGGAUCGACCUGAUUUUUGGCUACAAGCAGCAGGGUCCUCCGGCUGUGGAGGCGGUCAACGUCUUCCACCACCUGUUCUACGAGGGUCAGGUGGACAUCUACAACAUCAACGACCCGCUCAAAGAGACGGCCACCAUCGGCUUCAUCAACAACUUUGGGCAAAUCCCCAAACAGCUGUUUAAGAAGCCCCACCCUCCUAAACGAGUACGCAGUAAAGCCAACGGCGACAUAGCGAGCAUUCCACCAAGCUCCAAUAGUGACAAGAUCUUCUUCCACCAUCUGGAUAAUCUCAGACCUUCUCUAGCGCCUGUCAAAGAGCUGAAGGAGCCCGUGGGACAGAUCGUCUGCACUGACAAAGGCAUCCUCGCUGUGGAGCAAAACAAAGUCCUGGUUCCGCCCACCUGGAGCAAGACCUUCGCCUGGGGCUAUGCCGACCUCAGCUGCCGUCUGGCCAACUACGAGUCUGACAAGGCGCUGGUUGUGUACGAGUGUCUGUCAGAGUGGGGUCAGAUCCUCUGUGCAAUCUGUCCAAACCCAAAGCUGGUCAUCACCGGUGGCACCAGCACCGCCAUCUGUGUGUGGGAGACAGGAACGUCCAAGGAGAGGGCCAAGUCCCUCGUGCUCAAACAG